AUGGCUGUCCAUCUCCGCACGCAGGGGAAUGGGACCUACGGGCUGCAGCUGGUGGGGCAAGAAGGAGGCGGCGACGGUCUCAGCCGCCGCCAGCGUGUCGGCCAUCCGGGCGAUCGACGUAAGGAAGAGAUCUGCGCCACGGGUGACAGAGUCACCGAGUCCUGCCCCCAGGUGCAGGCAACCUUCGUGCAAGGGCGACGUCAGCCCCAUGCUCCGUCAAAGGUGGAUGUCGGCAACCCCCAGUGCGGCCCAUGUGCCCCAGGCGUUCCGGGAAACGAGACUCUCCUGCCCGAUGGGGUGUUGCUGCGAUGCUUGCCCGCAUUCCUCAUCUGGCACCCGGCUCUGAAGUUCCCAUCCUACUACCGGGUGAUGCUGUCCUUCGAGGACGGAGACCGCCAGAAGCUGGAGAAGAUGACCAACGAUUUUGGCGGCGAUCUGCACCCUGCGGUGGACGCGCACGCUCCCGAACUGUUGCGCCACUUCUGUGACGUCGUGGGCUUGAAUGCCUCCAAAAUCAGGUUCGAAUGGGAGGCUGUGGACCAGGAGAAGUUGACCCAGGAUCCCGUUCGGAUGCGCACCCGCGCCACGCUGAUGACCUCGUCAGGCAUCAUGCCGUGCAAAACGUUCCGGGGGCUCUCGGCCGAGGACGAAGCAGUCAAAUGGAGGGCUGAAUUCCGGGGUCCGGUGGCGACGAGAUUGCAGCAAUGGCAACUACACGAUCGCUAUUUGUUGUGGAAGGAGGAGAUUUUGGACUAAAUAGUCGUUGUUUUUUAAACACUAUAUUCAGCUUACUUGCUUCGUGGAACCAUAGAGAAAUUAAGCUCGUCGCGCUCGAACCUUCAUGCGCACCCUUUCCUCACAUGUCCGCACCGGCUCCCAGUUGGCACGACCCAGGUCAGGGCUCGCUAUUACCGUUAGUUUUGCUGCGUUUAGAAGAACCCCGCAUUAUGGUGCACUAGGCGAAUGCUCUGGUAGUGGCAGAUCUCGAC